AUGUCGUCAAAAAACAAGGUUUUUUAUGGAGGUGGAACCUUGAGUCGUUGUAGAACUAUCACGGAUUUACUUGGUAUGGAAGUCUCUACUUUCCCGGACAGAUAUUUAGGUGUUCAAAUUAUGCCUGGAGCGGUUAAAUAUCAUCAUAUAAGUAAUGUUAUUGAUAAAAUCAAGAAGCAACUUUCAGUUUGGAAAGGAAAAAUGCUUUCUUUUCAAGACCGUGUGGUUCUUAUUAACUUUGUGAUUGCUAUCUAUGCCAUUCACAAUAUGGCUUUUUACAAAUGGCCAAGGAUGUUCAUUAUGCAAUGUGAGCGGGUUAUACGCAAUUUUCUUUGGUCCGGGGAUUCGGAAGUUGCGAGGAAGUUUGUGGUUGGUUUUGACAAAGUUUGCAGCCCUGUGAAGGAAGGUGGUUUGAGUAUUACAAGUAUGGCAGUUACAAAUAGGGCUCUUCUCAUGAAAUUUUGGUGUAGUAUUCGUUCUUCUAAUAAGAAGUGGGCGCGUUUCUUAUGGGCGAAAUAUACUACACAGACUGGUAGAAUUAAGCAAUAUGGUGUGAACUCUUCUAUCUUGCCUGGUGUUAGAUUGGUUCAUAAUAGUGUAGAUCGAAAUACGAAAGUGCUUCUUGGUGAUGGGCGAGCCACUUCUCUUUAUUAUGAUGUUUGGAAUGGUAAUGAAUGUAUUGCUGAUUUUCGUGGUGAUAAUGAGCUAGAUAGUACUGUCAUGGAUAACUAUAAUUUGAUUGAUUCUUACAAAUCCUCUAAAGGAAGGAGCCGUAUUAUAAAGGAUCUUUGGCUUUUGGCACUUAUGGUGAUUCGAGUUGAACUGUGGCAUGCUAGAAAUCUGGCGGACGAGCUGUUAUUAUGUUGUGACUGUGCGGCCAAGGGUAACCCAGGAAUCGCAUGGGCUGGAGUUGUGGCUCGAGAUGCAAAUUGUAAUUUUAUUGGCACAAUGAGUAUUGGACUUGGUAGAACAAACAAUUUCCUUGCUGAACUUUAUGGUAUCACUGUGGGACUAGACUGGGCUCUCAAAUGGGUUGUUAGGAAGAUUCUGAUGCGUUCAGAUUCUAUGGGGGGUGUAAUGGCCUUUAAUAAUUCUAAUAUGCCAUGCUGA